UAGAGGGAAGGUCAACCGACACUGGGUAUUGUGUAAUGAGGAAGGAUUAGUUAACAAUCUUGUUGUGCAAAUCCCCAUGGGAAACAGUGACCAUAAUAUGGUGCGAUCCUGCAUUAGGAUGGAGAGUGACACAGUUAAUUCAGAGACUAGGGUCCUGAACUUAAAGAAAGGAGACUUUGAAGGUAUGAGAUGGGAAUUGGCAAGGAUAGACUGGCUAAUUAUACUUAGAGGGUUGCUGGUGGAGAUGCACUGGCAAAGAUUGAAAGACUGCAUGGAUGAACUGCAGAAACUGUUCAUCCCUUACCAAUAAAACUGGUAAGGAGGCUCAACCAUGGCUAACAAGGGAAAUCAAGGAUAGUGUUAAAUCCAAGGAAGAGGCAUUUAAAUUGGCCAGAGGAAGCAGCAAACCAGAGGACUGGGAGACUUUUAGAAUUUAACAGAGGAGUUAAUUAAGAGGGUAAAAUUAUGAGGGGUAAAAAAAGAGCAUGAAAGAAAGCUUGCGGGGAAUAUAAAAACUGACUAUAAAAGCUUCUUUAAAUAUGUAGAAAGGAUAAGAUUAGUGAAGACAAAUGCGGGUCACUUCCAGUCAGAGACAGGUUAAUUUAUAAUGGGAAACAAGGAAAUGGCAGAACAGUUAAACGAGUACUUUGGUUCUGUCUUCACUAAGGAAGACACAAACAAUCUCCCAGCAAUACGAGGGGACAGAGGAUCUAGUGGGAGGGAGGAACUGAAGGGAAUCCACAUUACUCCGGAAAUGUGUUCGGUAAACUGUUGGGACUGAAGGCAGAUAUAUCCCCAGGGCCUGGUGGUCUACAUCUCAGAGUACUCAAUGAGGUGGCCCUAGAAAUCAUGAAUGCAUUGGUGAUCAUUUUCCAAUGUUCUUUCGACUCUGGAUCAGUUCCUGUGGACUAGAGGGUAGGCAAUGUAAUUCCACUUUUAAGAAAGGAGGGUGAGAGAAAACGGGGUAUUAUAGACCAGUUAGCCUUACAACGGUAGUGGGGAAGAUGCUUGAGUCGACUAUUAAAGAUGUUAUAGCAGCGCAUUUGGAAAUCAGUGACAGGAUCGGCGUUGGGACCCCAGUUAUUUACAAUAUAUAUUAACGAUUUAAACAAGGGAAUUAAAUGUGACAUCUCCAAUUUGCUGAUGACACAAAACUGGGUGGCAGUGUGAGCUGCGAAGAGAAUGCUAUGAGGCUGCAGGGUGACUUGGAUAGGUUGGGUGAGUGGGCAGAUGCAUGGCAGAUGUAGUAUAAUGUGGAUAAAUGUGAGGUUAUCCACUUUGGUGGCAAGAACAGGAAGGCAGAUUAUUAUCUGAAUGGUGCCAGAUUAGAAAAAAGGGAGGUGCAACGAGACCUGGGUGUGCUUGUACUUCAGUCAGGCAGGUAUAGCAGGCAGGGUAGAAAGCUAAUGGCAUGUUAGCCUUCAUUGCAAGAGGAUUUGAGUUUAGGAGCAAGGAAGUCCUACUGCAGUUGUACAGGGCCCUGGUGAGACCACACCUGGAGUAUUGUGUGCAAUUUUGGCCUAAUUUGAGGAAGAACAUUAUUGCUAUUGAAGGAGUGCAGCGUAGGUUCACCAGGUUAAUUCCCGGGAUGGCGGGACUGACAUAUGAUGAAAGAAUGGGUCGACUGGGGUUGUAUUCACUGGAAUUUAGAAGAAUGAGAAUGACAAGGGUUAACACUGGUUUGGUCUUCAUGGGAUUUCCACCAGGGAACAAAUGGUUAUUAGUGAGCAGAUAAUAGACAGUUCGCACAGUGGCGCAGCAGUAGAGAUGCUGCCUUACAGCACCAGAGACCUAGGUUCGAUCCUGACCUUGGGUGCUAUCUGUAUGGAGUUUGUGCGUUCUUCCUGUGAUUGCGUGGGUUGCCUUCCACAUAAGUUCAUGAGAUAGGAGUAGACUGAGGCUAUUCGGCCCAUCAAGUCUACUCCGCCAUUCAGUCAUAGCUGACCUAUCUCUCCAUCCUAACCCCAUUCUCCUGCCUCUCCUCAUAACCUCUGACACCUGUACCAAUCAAUAAUCUAUCUAUCUAUGCCUUAAAAACAUUCCAAAGACAUGCCGAUUUCGAGGUUAAAUGGCCUCUGUGAAUUGUUCCUAAUGUGUGUAGAAUAGGACGAGUGUAAAAAUAAAGUCUAUACUUUCUUACAUUGCAGAAGACUAAAUCUUCGUCAUGUCCAAUCAAAGAAUUGUGCACCUGGAGUGUGGGAAAUCAACCCAAGUACUUUAUGUCCUCGGGACUGUAAUCAACAUUGACAUUUACAAACCAUCUCCCCCAGGGUGUCGAUCCUUUGAAGUCACCACGAGCCCUGGUGUCAAUUAUUCCAUCUCAGACAAACAGAAUGGCAGCGUUGUCACUCAUCCCGCGAUUCGCUGGGCUCUCAUUAAAGACAGCUUGCUUCGUGUCACGGUGGGCCAAGUAAGCUCAGCUGCCAAUGAUGGAAAGGUUAAGAUUACAUUUUAUGGAGACGAUUUGGAUAAACCGGUUGACAAGAUGACCCUGGAGCUCACGGCAGUCUACGUGUCUUUGGAUGUGGAUGCCGAUCGCGAUGGAAUAGUUGAAGAGAAUAAUCCUAAUAAGAGUUCUUGGAUGUGGGGUCCGGAAGGACACGGAGCUAUUCUCCUUGUGAACUGCGACAAGGAAUUGUUAACUACUUCUGAACCUGACAACAUGGAUGAUAAAGUUUACACAUUUGAAGACCUAGCUGACAUGUCACGUAUGAUCAUAAGAACUGAAGGACCAAAGCUUAUGCCAGCUGGGUACACACUCAAUCUGCACAUUUCACCUUCUGAUAAAAAGAAAGUCCAACUCUUUCGGCAUGAGAUAUCAAGCGUGACCAGUGUGUUGGGCAGAACCAAAGAAUUGACUGCUAUGGAUUUUACCAAAGGCCACAAUAAGAUUAUUUUCUCUGCUGAAGGGCUUGCGUUUCCAGAUAAUAAGACUGCUACUUUGGUGACCUUCAACCUCAGCGUGGUUAACCAACAGCUUCCUAUUUUCACUGAUCAAGUUGUACUUCAUUUUGCUCCAUGGAUUAUGACUCCUAAUACUCAGGCUCCCGAGGAGGUGUAUGUUUGUAGCUCACCGGGAAAUGAGAAGUUCCUGAUAGAAUUCAAGAAGUUUGUGCAGAAAGCACAGUGCAAGCUAACAAUCUGCCCUGUAACUGAGCAUGCCGGUGACAUCUGGAUGCAGGAUGAAAUCGAGUUUGGUUACAUAGACGCUCCACACAAGUUCAUGAAUAUAGUGAUGGAUUCUCCUCGAAAUAGGGGCCUUAAGAAUUUCGCCUACAAAUUCCUCUUGGGCCGAGAUUUUGGACGUAUCGACGUGAAAAGUGACAAAAUAGCGGAUUCUUUAGACGGCUUUGGAAAUCUGGAGGUCAGCCCUCCUGUGACAGUGAACGGCAAGGAAUAUCCGCUGGGCAGGAUUGUCAUCGGAAGCCACCUACCCAUCCACCCCGAUGGGAGAAAGAUGGUAAAGGAGACCCAGGACCUUCUGAUGGCUCAGUCUGUGCAGUCUCCCAUAAUACUAUACUCGGACUGGUUGCAUGUUGGUCACGUCGAUGAGUUCAUGACCUUUGUUCCAGCGCCCGACAGAAAGGGUUUUAGAUUACUUCUCGCCAGUCCCCUUUCGUUCUACAGUCUGUUCAAGAGGCUCCAGAAAGAAGGUCAUGGAGAAGCUAUGAUGUUUGACAAUGCAUACCGUGACCCAAUUAAAAUUAAUGACAUCCUGAAAAAUCAAGCGUUGCAUGAAAGAAAUACCCAUGUACAGCAUUGCAUUGAUUGGAACCGAGACAUCCUAAAGGUGGAAUUGGGAUUAGAUGAAGCAGAUAUCAUUGAUAUCCCAACAUUGUUUAAGCCAACCAAAGCCAAAACCCAUGUAGGAGCUUACUUUCCAGAUAUGGUGAACAUGAUAGUUCUUGGCAAGUACUUGGGAAUUCCAAAACCCUUUGGGCCGCUGAUCAAUGGAGAAUGUGCACUGGAAGCUGUAGUGCGCUCAGCAUUGGAACCACUUGGCCUGGAUUGUACCUUCAUUGAUAAUUUCACCUCCUACCACAUUGGGCAGGGAGAAGUUCACUGUGGUUCCAAUGUUCGUCGCAAACCCUUUACUUUGAAGUGGUGGAACAUGGAGAUAUAAUCACCAGUUACAGUUCCCACAUGUAACAAGCAUUGCCUUAUUUUUCUGCAGCUUUGAUAACAGUGUAACCUACUGGAAAGUCUAUUACCUAAUGACUUGGAACCUGUGCUCAUACCUUCUCAGGACGUAGGAAGUUAUUUUGUCCAAUAGUCUAUAUCUCAAAGCAGUCCCAUCAAUCCUAAUCUCCCACUCAUUUAGUCAUACAGCAUGGAAACAGGCCCUUUGGCCCAACAAGCCCAUACCGGCCAACCUAGCCCACACAGGCCAACAUCAUUUCUAUUAAGAUUUAUCUCAUGGUCUAGAAAUUAAAUCAUCAGAGCUGCUGCUAUUUAUACCAGCAUCUCAGCACCAAAAAUAAACAUUAGAGGGUGGAGUUUGACCGCACUCAGGAAAUUGAACAAGUCCUCUUUACAAUUUAGACUUCCGAGAUACAGUGUGGAAACAGGCCCUUCAGCCCACCAGGUCUGCACCGACCAGUGAUCACCCCGUACUCUAGCACUAUCCUUCAAUUUUACAAUUUUACCAAAGCCAAUUAACCAACAAACCUGUACAUUUUUGGAGUGUGGGAGGAAACCGGAGCACCCGAAGAAAACCCAGCAGGUCACGGGGAGAACGUACAAACUCCGUACAGACAGCACCCGUAGUUAGGAUCGAACCCGGGUCUCCGGUGCUGUGAGGCAGCAACUCUACCGCUGCGCCACCGUGCCACUAAAGGCUUGGGCCCCCUGGCAUGAAUUUCCUUGAUUUCAGUGUCAGACACUGUUUACCGCUUUGUGAACUGCCAAGGAAUUUAGUUCAUGUUGUCCCAAGAUCACUCCUGUCUGGGACCCCUGGAAAUUCCCAGCUCGGUGCUGGACUGAGAUCUCACAGAGAUAGUUCCACUGGUUGUCCUCAAUCAUCUCCCUCUGCCCAAUAACCAACGCACCAUAGAGAAGCACAAGGGGCAGGCCCAUGUGUGCCUCGUUUAGGUCUACAUCCACAGCUCCACUCUGCCAGUGCUCUGAUCCCAUUAAAGGAAGGUUUAAAUGGGUUGUAAAUGGUUGAGACUAAAAGUCCCUAGGUGUAAAUAUUACCAGCAAUCAGUCGUGGACCAACCACAUUGAUACGACAGCCAAGGCACACUAACGCCUCUACUUCCUCAGGAGACGGAGGAAAUUCACCAUAUCUCCAUCGCAAAAAAUUGCAGAAAGUCAUGGAUGUAGCCCAGUCCGUCACCCAGAUCAGACUAACCACCAUUGAUUCCAUCUUCCCUUCAUUCUGUCUUGUAAAAGCAUCCAACAUAAUCAAAGACUUGUCCCACCCCGGCCAUUCCUUCUUGACCCCGCUCCCAUUGGGGAGAAGGUACAGAAACCUUAAAGCGCGUACCACCAGAGUCAGGAACAGCAUCUUCCCCUUUGUUGUCGGGCUUCUGAACAGUCCUUCCAUAAAGUAGGAGACUGUCCGAUUCACCUCUACCCCAAUGCGGACAUUAGACUUUCUCUGGAACUGCUACAAUGCUGAGAACUAUAUGAUUCUUUGUAAUUUGAUUACGUUAUAAUGCCUCUACUGCUUGCAUUUAUGCUUUGAUUGUAGUGUUUACUUAGCUUAAUAAACUUAUCAAUGAAUUGCAUUGUGUUGCUCUCUGA